GAGGUCUUUCUGCCGAGAUUUCUGAGUGCUGUUAGGACUGCUUGGGGUGGUCAGCCCAGUCAGUUUAGGUCUCAGCUGUUUGGGUUCUCAUCCAGCCUUCUAGUUAUUGAUUGAAGGUGUUUUCAUGAAACCCCUGAUCGUUUGCCUCUGAUGGCUGGCACUCUUAGGAACUUAUAUGGUGGUCUGCCUGUUGCUUUAGUAAUCAGUAGCUUAAAGAGUAAAUGUAUUCUGUAUUUUAUAGUUAGCCCACUUUUGCUUUAUUAGGAAAAUAAAGGGAUGACAAAAUGGGGGCAGUUUACAUACCACUGCUGUAUUUCUGGAACCUAAAUAAUGUGAAUUCUCUGGCAGACCUUUAAAGGCUGUUACAAAGGUAAGAAGAGUUAUUCCUAUAAAGUGAAAUAGCGACGUAUUUGUUCAUCGCCAUCCUAUCAUCACGGAAUGCAGGCAUCCCAUUCUCGGUGUAUACGGAAAUAUGCUUAUAGGAUUGGGAAACGGCAAGAGAUGGGAGUGGUGCAGCUAAAUGAGAAAUAGAGGCAUGAGAGAUAAAGCUGUUAUCACCUGCCUUUUGCCUGUAUAAAUUACAUCAUGUGCAUUACAUUGAAGUGAUGGCUGAUAACUUUCUCGAGUAAAGUGGCUGGAAAAAAAUGAAUUUGGGGCCAAAACCAAAUAUAAUCUGGGGUCAAAUAAAUAACACUCCAAACACAUGUAAAAUUCGACCCAGAAGCUAGUAUGAGUGCCAAAUAAAAGUUCAGUAGAGGUUUUGUCAAGAUUUCAUGCCUUCCAGUAUCUCAGCAACCACCUGGAUGAAUUGUUUGUGCUGCCUUGCCUCAGGAAAGUGGCUUUCCAUGUUGCUGUUCUGAACCUGUGACAAUCGUUUUAAAGCCCUGAAUGGCAACCCCUAUUAAGGUAUAAAACUUCAGCAGAAAGGCAGGCAAUUUUGGAAUUGGACUUGUAUUUAUGUAUGAAAAGAUUUUUUAAACGGUCGAUACUCUAAAAGAAAAAAUGACUUUUUUUAAAACAGGUGAGAGAAUUGUGACUAAGUUAUCCCUCCUCGUAAAAGGGGCAUAAUCAGAGUGGCUACCUCCUAGGAAUGUAGUGAGAAUUACUUAAUUUGCGAGUGGUGCGUAGUAAGCUUCCAGCAGUCAUUAGCCGUCAGGGGCGUCAUCCUCAGGGCGGGGGAGGGGCAGAGGGUGUCGCGCGCUCUGCAGCGUUCCUUUGUUCUCAAAUUUAGAUAACUUGCCUUCCCACCUAGCAGUUCCUGGGUGGCUCUGAGCCUUGCUAUGACGGUGUUAUAAGUACACAAAUAGCAUGUGAAGUCUCCUUGGUGUCCACUUUGAGUUAUUAAUUCCCUAGCACUUCCUUUGAAUUGAUGUCUCUGUGUUACCAGAAAGUUUUAGGAAAUAAAGCCUUGAAAAAUAACUGAGUAAGCGCGUAUGUUCUUAGGAUAAAAGCCGAAAAGAAUAACUGAAGACGGGAAGAAAUGAAUUGGGUCUUCCCCAGAUCCCUUCUGAUUUGGUUCAGUAACCUGACUUUAUGAGAAGAAUAUUUUUGAGUUAUGGAAAAUCUAGCUUAGAAAUAUAAAGACCGAGGUCAGGGAAGCUUGUCCGUGAUUUGGAGAUAGUACUAGUCUCUGGAGUGCCGUGGAGACAGCCUAGCAGCAGUGACUUCUCCCACCUUUUGUGAUCAGAUGCUCUGUCAGUUUGAGAAAAAUUCAGAUACGUGCUCUGUGUGAAUUACAGACAUGUCUACUUUCUGUUAUUUCAUUUCACCUUUUUUAGUUCUCAUUUUCUCCCCAGGGAUUGCUUUGCUUGUAUCCCCUGGAACGGGAUGUCUGCACUCAGGUGAUGGUUGGUCUAGAAGAGACAGUCUCACCUUUUGUUUUCUGGACCCCUUUGCAAUCUUAAAAAAUACGGAGGGUCCCACAGAAUUUUGUCUAUGUGGGUUAAUAUAUAACAUAAUUAAUAUGACCUAUGUUUAUAUAUCAUGUUAGAAAAUAAGACGAGAAUUUUUAAAUGUUUAUCAAGUCAUUUAAUAGUAAAAUCAGUGUUAACGUAAGUAACACUUUUUAACUGUUUUCCAAGACAAAAAGAAAGUUAGUGAAAGAGUGGCAUUGUCUGACCUUUUUGGAAAUCUCUUUAAAGUCUGGCUUAAUGGGAGACAGCCAUAUUCUCGUAUCUGCUUCUCCAUUCAGUCUGUUGUGAUAUGGUUUGGUUAAAAUAUAUGAAGAAAAUUGAGUCUCUCGCAGAUGAUAUAAUUGGAAAAAAGUAUUUUAAUAGCCUUAUAAGAUAAUCGUGGGUAGUCUUUUUUUGUAGUAGUCUCUAUGUUAAUACGUGGUAAUUUGUGACGUGGAAUCUGAUACCGUAUGUAUCAGUGAACUUUUGCUAUUGGUUAUUUGGGAAAUGUUGUUUCACUGGGUUAUGCAGAUCUUCCAAGCGUUACACAGUAUAGAAAUAACUAGCUUCUCUCGCCACCCAUCUUGUCAGAAACUUUUUUUAAGUACUGGGGACUUGUCAGGCUCCCGAUGGCAGAUAUGUUUUCCAGAAGUUUUCCUCGUGGGCAAAAACUCUGUCCGUUGUUUUCCUUCAAGUGACAGGCUGACUUCUUCUUACAUUUUUGUGGGUACGUGUCUGCCUCGUGUCCAUAUGUGAUGAACUAUAGUUUGUCGGCUCUUCGAGGUGAGAUGGUAUUCCAUGAAGACAGGACCGAGUUCAUUUUGCAGCUCAGACGCUCACCCGAGCGCUUUUCCUUAAGGCAGCGUAUUUUGCGCGCAGCGUGUUUCUGUGGACGCUCCAUUUUGUCACCUAUUAAAGAUACGUCAUCGAGGCUGCACAUUUCACAGAGAUACUUACUACUGCCUCACUAAGCGACAUUUUAAAGUAAAACAGGCACUUUUAAACUAAAACCCUGAGUGAUGGGGUUGCGUACCGUGGCCACUAGUGGAGCCCGGGGCCGCUGGGUGCCGGGACGUGCCGACAGGACAGCGGUUUCACCACGGCUGUGCGGAGAACAAGCACCAAGACAGAGAAAACGGCACGUGGGGGCUUGGCGUCAUGAACACCUUGGCCGUGCGUGGCUCCAAGAUUCUCAGACAUCCCUAGUGGCCCAUGAACCAUGCCCGCAGCUGCUGCUGGAGCAGCGCCCCAUCGGUGGGUCGGAAACCAAACGAAGUCGGGUCACGACCAGCAUUUUUUAAAAAAGAAAUGGAAUGCGCCAGAAAAUGGCCCAGAUGUCAUGCAGAAAUAAGCUGUUCUGUGAACCUCCUCUUAGAUAUCUAUGUAUGCCGUGAGUGCGCACUGAGUUGUGAGUGUAGAAUGUGUCCGUUUCCAUUUUUAUACUUAUUGGCUAGAUACAGCUGAUGUUAUACAUGUAAAUAUAUAAAUAUUCAUGUGUAUUUAUUAUGUAUGUUUACGUAGCAUCAUGUAAAAAUGACAGUUUUAACUGAAAGCGUUCAUUGCUACAGAAGUACCUUAUCUGCUGGGGCGUGACAAGGCAUCAGGACCUCCUAGGGUCCCACAAAAAAAUCAAACAAAAUUCCUUAAGAAGUAAUGUUAUAUCUUAGCAAAAUGUUUUAGAUUUAUGUUUCCUCACAAUAACCCCGGACAUAUAAAGAUAUAAAGUAGACAUUUGUAGCGUGGGAAAAAAGCAGGGGGAUGGUUAAUUAAUUAAUUUAAUUAAUUAAAUAAAUGAUUAGCUCAUGGCAGACAGCAAGUGGAAAAACACAGCCGUCCACAUCGCUCAUUAUCUCUAUCUACACAUCUAUAUAUGUAUAGUAAGUGAAACAUGAAUUCAGGCUGAUAUCUCUGACUCCAGCUCAGUACCAUGGGAUUCCUUUUUUCUUUUUUUUUUAAAUUUAUUUAUUUUUGGUUGCAUUCAAAGCUGCACAUGGGUUUUUCUCUAGUUGUGGCGAGCGGGGGCUACUCUUCGUUUCUUUGUUUUAGCACGCGGGCUUCUCAUCGCGGUGGCUUCCCUUGUUGCGGAGCACGGGCUCUAGGCGCGUGGGCUUCAGUAGUUGUGGCACACAGCCUUCGUUGCUCCGCAGCAUGGGGGAUCUUCCACACGCUAAGGACCAGGGCUCGAACCCGUGUCCCCUGCAUUGGCAGGCGGAUUCUUAAUCACUGUGCCACCAGCGAAGUCCCUGCAUACCUAUUCCUGAAUGAACUCAGGUUCACUUAGGUAAAUACCUAGGGGCAUGAAUUCUACGUGUAUUUUUAAAACUGCCAAACUGUCUUCCAGAGCGGCUCUGCGUGGGAAGCAGUAUGUGGGAGUUUGUGAAGGCUUGCUCCUUCUUACUUAAAUAUUUGAUGGACUCACCAGCGAAGCCAUCAGGGCCUGGGCCUUGCUUUGGGGCAGGUUUUAACUUAAUUUAGUACCUUUGCUGCCCUGGUUGAAUACUUCCAUGGAGCUGAGGGGGAGGGGUGGCACCAGCCCCGGCAGGACCGGGCACAGGCUAGCACUGUCCUUAACUGAAGUUCAAUCGCUUUCGUGAAUAAAAGCUUCUCAGUUCGUUGUAUGCCUUUGGUCUCCGUCCAGAGCACUGAAAUUCAGGCUGGUUUUGACACUCUCCUCCGGGUUGAUAAUCGUUCUGGGGGUGGACUUGUCGCCUUCCUCGUGUCGUCAUGCCUGAAGUCUCCUGCCUCGUGGGGUUUCUCCCUCUGCUGUGUCACCCCCGUUAGCAAACAAACGUGAUACAGCAGCUUCCCCAAAUUCUCAAGCCUCCAUCUCCAGCCACCAUUCCAUGUCUCUCCUUUUUUGGGGGGAGGGGGGCAAGAUUUUCUCAAAAUACAUCUCCACUCUCUGUCCUGUUCUCCCAACACCUCCACCCAAAAUCAAAAAUCGCUGUUGUUAAAUUCACCAACGUUUCCCAUGUCGCUGAAUCCAGAUCUGAGCUAUGCUGUCUUCAUUUUCCUUGAACCGUCAGUAGCCUUUGACACAGGACACAGCUCCCUCGUGGACGAAACUUUCUCUACUUUGCUCUCCCGGUUGUCCUGCCCCUGGCCUUUGCCUUCUUUGCAGAUUUUCACCACACCCUCCCCAGUCUGAUCCAGAGCUGAGUCCUCGUCUGUGCCCCACGUCUUGCACGUGUUCGUUUCCAGUUUGCACCUCUCUCCUGAGCAUUAGUCAUGUCUUACAGCAGAUCCCACCCCGUCUUCCUAACUUGUAUUGGCAGCUUCACCCUUCUGGUUGCUCUGCCAGCCGCCUUGGAAACUUUUUUUUUUUUUUUUUUUGCGGUACGCGGGCCUCUCACCGCUGUGGCCUCUCGCAUUGUGGAGCACAGGCUCCGGACGCGCAGGCUCAGCGGCCAUGGCUCACGGGCCCAGCUGCUCCGCGGCAUGUGGGAUCUUCCCGGACCGGGGCACGAACCCGCGUCCCCUGCAUCGGCAGGCGGACUCUUCAACCACUGCGCCACCAGGGAAGCCCCCUUCCUCGGGGCUUUUGCAUUCACCAUUCCCUCUGCCCAGAAUGUUCUUGGAUUUCUCUAAGACUGGUUUCCUUAUGACAGAUCUCUGUAACCUUUAGUGAGACUUCCUUGAGCGUCCUGUAUAAAUUAGCAACUUCCAGUCCCUAGCAUUCCUUGUCUCCCCUUUCACCUUUUUAUUUUGCUCCAAAGCACUUUUCAGCAUAUGACAAAACGUCUUUCACCUUGUUUGUCUCUCCCCCGUACAAAAUAAGCCCCAUGGCCAACAAGGAGAGAGAUUUUGGUCUGUUCAGUGAUGUAUCGCCUGUGGACCAGAGUGGUGUCUGAGAGAGCGAGGCAGGGGCUCAUGGUGGCCACCUACCAAGGAAGUGGUGGAGUCAGGAAUGAGAGCUGGAUAUCUUGAGUCCUUUUCUGAAGUCCUUUUCUGAUAACUCUUCUCCAUCCUGAUGGGUUUAGCCCUUACUAUACCCCAGCCCAUUCCACACAGUAUGCAUUCACUUUUUCUCUUGUUAAUUUACCUCUAUAUUAAUCUUUAACCAGACACUUCUUGAGAGAAAAGAUCAGCUCAUGUUUUUUAGGUAUGGAGCGUUCUUCCCAAAGUUCAGAGAGCAGAGAAAUAAGAAUGUAGAAUCAGGAUACUGCAGACAGAUGGUUCCUGAGGACUGCAGGGUUAGGUUAGGUUGUGGAGAUUAGUUUUGCCAGUGCCCACUGGCCGAGAGAGUGACCUGCAGGGCUGGACAGAAUGCGGAGUGCCCAGCAGGAGCAGAGCCUUGCUGUCUAGGAGGAGGGUGGAGUCAUCUUCCAGGACCAUGUGUCUCUGUCCUGACGCCUUGCUCUCUAUGCGAGAAGCCGAUUGGUUGACCAGCUUCCCAGGUACUUUGGUAUCAGAAGGCAUGUCCUAGGCUGGCUUCGUCAUUAAACAGGGUAUUCAGGCUUGCAUCUGUCCAUCAAGGGGACCGUCCUAGGGUUUCCUGUAAGACCUAAGGAGGAGAGACAGGACUAUAGUAAAUAUGCCCUGAAAUUCCCCUCUGCCCAGUCUCUUAGUUGAAAUUUUGCCCGAUUCUCUUUCUUGGGUAAAGGAAUCUCGUGAAACAAGAGCAAAGGGUCUAUGUCAGUAAAAUUUUUGAAAAGACAACCUUUAGUGCAUUCCAGAGUACUUUUAUUACACCCAACAGAAAUUGUCCAUUUGGGGACUCAAACUUGAGGGGAAUAAAAGUCAUUUUGAAUAACAUACGCAAGUUUUCUUAAUAGAGAUGUGUGUGCCCUCUAGUAGAAAUACUAUUUUGAAAUUGCUGCCUGUUCUAACCUAGAUGCAUUUUCCAAAUAAUCUUAAAGAAAUUAUGGUCACUUAACAAGCCUUGUCAGCAGCUCUGGAGAGUGGCACAGCUGAAUGGUGGUGGAGCUGGGACUGGAACUGAUGCUUUGAUACCCACGAUGCAGUACAUCCUUCCUCUUUUUUGCUGCAAAGCUUUGUCCUUUGAUGGUAAAUUUAAUUUUUGAAAACCACCAAAAGUCACAAAUAAGGUGAAUGACAAGAUUUAAUAAUCCACUAUUGGUCCAAAAUGAGCCGGCUUUAACAAGAAUGUUUUCCUUGAAUGUUGUAGCUAAUAGCCUAUAAAUACAUUUCUAAGACCAAACCAAAACAGGACAACAGGGAAUGAUGAAAUUAGAAUAUCCAAUCUGCUUCAUCUCACAUCUACACAACAGUCUCAGAAUAAGAAUUCUGAUACUACCAUUACUAAUUAUGAUCACUGAAGACAAUUUUUUUUAAGUUUUUUAUUUUGAUAAAGUCCAAAUUAUCAGUGUUUUGUGUUGUGGAUUGUGUUUUUUGGAGUUUUUCUGUUUUGUUUUGUUUUGCCGCACCAUGCACAGCUUACGGGAAUCUUUAGUUCCCUGACCGGGGAUCGAACCCAUGCUCCCUGCAGUGGAAGGGCAGAGUCCUAACCACUGGACCGCCAGGGAAUUCCCUAAAAAGAGUUAAACAAUGUUUAAUUGAAUAUGCUUGCUUUCUGGUCCCUGCUCCCCCCCACCCCCAUGCUUUUUCUGGGUGUAUUAAACCUUCAUUGGUUCAUUAUCAGAUCACAUAGCCAUCGUAUAUUGUACUCUGUCUUUUAACCUCAUUUAGACUUGAUUUUCUAAGUAGCUAUAUGUUUAAUAUAGUACCACCAGUGCUUAAAUCAGUGUCUCUGGUCAUUUUGGUCUAAAUCUUGUUCUCUAGUUCCAGGGGUGGCAAAGACCUUUCUGAAAAGGGCAGGAUAGUAAACAUUUAGGCUUUGAGGGCCAAAAACAAUCCUGUCACAUUGUGUGUGUGUGUGUGUGUGUGACACAUCUCUUUAAAACCAUUCUUUGCUUGAGGACUGUACUAAAAUACAUCUAGCUGCAGUUUGCCGUCCCCUACUCUAGUAGUUUCUGGAAGAAGUGCUCCUGGCAUCAGUGUUCCAGUUUUGCUGGAUAUAAAAUCCUUGGCUCGGGUACUAAUGAGCCAUCUAUAUAAAGUUUGACGUAUAUUUGAAAUACGUAACUUCAUUUUCUUCUGGUAUAAAACACUGCAGUUGAAGUCCGGUGAUGCUCUAAUUGUCCUUGUAAGUUACUUGCUGCUUUUGCCUAGAGCCCAAGGGAUUUUUUCUUUUUCUUUUUCUCUGCAGCCCAGUUGGUGUUGGUCAUUCUGGGUUGAUAUUCUCAGGUAUGUGUGUCCAUGAUACAUGUUUUUUUAACCUCAUAAUUUUUUCCUCUUACACCAUUCACUUUAUUUUUUUCCAGCUUUAUUGAGGUAUAAUUAACAAAUAAAAAUUGUAUGUAUUUAAGGUAAACCACACGAUAUUUUGAUAUUUGUAGACGUUGUGAACUAAUUACCUCAGUCGAGCUAAUUAACAUAUCUCACUCACAUAGUUACCCUGUGUGUUUGAGGGAGUGGGGACGUGAGAUCCCUUUAGAUCUCCUCUCUUAGAGGAUUUCAAGCAUGGAAUACACUACUGUUAACUGCAGUCACCAUGCUGUACGUUAAACCUCCAGAGCUUAAUUCAUCCUGCAUGAUUGAAACUUUGUGCUCCUAAAAGUUUUCUCGAUUUUUAGUUUUUAGUAUUUGUUUCAUUUCCUGAUAUGUUGCAUCUUCGCUUAACAUUAGUACAGAAUGUUUGCCACUGCCUCUUAAAUGAUUUCUCUCCUCAUUUCUUUUUGGUAUGUUUUUUGUUACUAAUUCCUUGUGUUGCCUCACUUCUGAGUUUUCUAAUUUAGGCUAUUCUGUCAUUGUCUUAUCUUUUAGCUCAUUUUGCAGUAGGAUAUAAUUUUGAUUGGCUUCCUCGCCGUCUGUUUCCGGCACACGUUUAUUGUCUGAACAGACGCCCACCUGUUCCUUAUUCAUUUCACGUGAAGGUUUUUCUAAGUUUUUAGAAGGAAGUGUGGCUCGGGACAGUCUUUCUGGCUUCACGUAACUCCUCACACCUUCGACUCCUGUUGGACACGGCUACCCUCUUUUUCACAUGCCUUUUCACAUGGUACUUGCUUUUUAUCACAGCAACUACCCCAGAACUCAGCUUGGCAAGGAUAUGAUGGCAUUAAAAGGAUGUAGAGCAGUCCUGUUGAAAGUGAGCUGCAUCAAGCUGGUCCUUUGCCUAGAGCCUGACAAAUGUCACAUACUGGAGCCCCUGUGCAUUUGCUGUGACGCCCUGUGACAGUUUGGUUGACCGUUAGGGUGAUGCUGAUGCUGCCGAUCUGGAAACCACACUUGAGAAACCACGUGUCCCAUGGGAAGCGGCACGAGCCGGCUCUACAGCGCUCUCACCAAGACCCUGGACGGCAGCUCCGCCUCCCAGCACCCAGCGUAUCUGGUGGCCCCCGACCCGGAACACCUGGAGCCCAUUGACCCCAAAGAGCUCCUUGAGGAGUGCAGGGCCGUCCUGCACACGCGGCCUCCCCGCUUCCAGCGGGGUUUCGUGGAUCUGAGGGCCGAUGGCCCCAGUAGUAGCCACACACCCAUCCGGGUCAUGCAGUGGAACAUCCUUGCCCAAGCUCUUGGAGAAGGCAAAGACAACUUUGUACAGUGCCCUCUUGAAGCACUCAAGUGGGAAGAGAGGAAAUGUCUCAUCCUGGAAGAAAUCCUAGCCUACCAGCCCGAUAUACUGUGCCUCCAAGAGGUGGACCACUACUUCGACACCUUCCACCCCCUCCUCAGUAGACUGGGCUAUCAGGGCACGUUUUUCCCCAAGCCCUGGUCACCUUGUCUGGAUGUGGAACACAACAACGGACCAGAUGGCUGUGCCUUGUUUUUCCUCCAGAACCGAUUCAAGCUAGUCAACAGUGCCAACAUCAGGCUGACGGCCAUGACGUUGAAAACCAACCAGGUGGCCAUUGCCCAGACCCUAGAGUGCAAGGAGUCCAGCCGACAGUUCUGCAUCGCCGUCACCCACCUGAAGGCUCGCACUGGCUGGGAGCGAUUUCGAUCGGCUCAAGGCUGUGACCUUCUCCAGAACCUGCAGAGCAUCACCCAGGGAGCCAAGAUUCCCCUCAUCGUUUGCGGGGACUUCAACGCAGAGCCGACAGAGGAGGUCUACAGACACUUCGCCUCCUCCAGCCUCAACCUGAACAGCGCCUACAAGCUGCUGAGCGCGGACGGGCAGUCGGAACCGCCGUACACGACCUGGAAGAUCCGGACCUCGGGCGAGUGCCGCCACACUCUGGACUACAUCUGGUAUUCCAAGCACGCGCUCAGCGUGAGGUCGGCCCUGGAUCUGCUCACGGAGGAGCAGAUUGGACCCAACCGCCUGCCGUCCUUCAAUUACCCUUCAGACCACCUGUCCCUAGUGUGCGACUUCAGCUUUAACGAGGAGCGUUGACGGACAUUUAUACAUGCUUGUCUGUGUCUCUUCAUCCCAAGUCUUAACCAGGGACGUUUUGGGAAGCUGAAAUGAGAUGAGAGGUUGACUGAGGAAGGCCCCCCAGUUCCUCUCACUUCAGUUUCCAUGUCUCCAGCAUGCCCUUGGGAAGGAACCCCAUUUGCUCACAAACCUUUUCCAUUAAAACCUACAGCGAAAAAGGUGUUUGCACUCCAGGUUUGGUUUGUAUUGUUUUCUUUCCCUUAGCGUUAAUUACAUUUUGAUCCUUUAAGGGCAUUAUAUUUGGCUUUGUUCGGAAGUUCUUUCAGUUUCAGGAUCCUGUAUUGAAAUAGACUUGCUCGAGUCCCCUGUAAUUAACAAAUAUGCAGGAACAGUUUCUCUAGACAACUGUUUCCAGUUAUUUAUUUGUGUUUUUUUUUAAAAUAUCAACAAGUCAUGCAUGGCAAUAUUUAUUUUUUUUAUAUCUUCGUGUAAAAUUAAGUAAAUAAAUUAUAGCAUUAUGAACAUUUAAAAACCAUGCAAAACAUAAGUUAUAGAGUAAUUUAUAGUAAUCUUCUUAAAACGUUAAAGAUGUUCUUACUUGAGGUCUAAUAAAAUCGUAGUGUACAAAGGAACCGUUUAGGCUGGAGGGGUUUUUGCUUGCUAUUUAAGUGGAAAUAUCAGUUCUCCUUGAUACAUUCUUCACAAAUCCUUGCUGUGUCUCCGUGUCCCCCAUUAUUAUGUUUCUUGAAGAAAUUCCAUUUCUGGUUUUCCAUCGGAAUGCUAUCGGUGUACAUUUGCGGUCACUCAGAAGUGUCAUUAUAUGUAUUGAAUAUGCUUUGCACGGUAGGUCGUUUAGGAGCUGAUAUGUGGCAGUGGCUAAGUCAGUGGGACCUUCUUUUCAGAGAUGGGAAACUAUUUCUAGCCUGUUAAUGAGGCUGUUGUUGAGAUUUACUAAGAUAGCCAGGUGACUGGUUUAAAACAACUAGAAAGCAGAAUAUAGAGUUAGAAAGAUAACCCGGAAUUCUCUUCCCUCAGAAAUAAAAGUGGUAAAGAUAACAGGUGAAACCCCUUCCUAACAAAAAUCCCCAAAAAAUAGCCCACUGGUAAUAAAUGGAUAGAUGUUUUAACCCAUGAGUUGUAAAUAUUUAAGAUCAAUAAAUAAAUGGUCUUUUAAAGCCA